CAUUGUGAAAUUACCCCACUCAUAUUGAGUUUCCCUUUCACUCUUUCAAAGCUUUAAUGGCUCUGUUUCUCUUACUUCUUCUUGUUCUUUCGUUUCCUUCGACAAAUGCCGAGUGGCCACCGUCGCCGGACUACUGGCCGAGCUCUAAGUUUAGGCCGAUGAGCUUCCAUUAUGCGUUUAAAAGCCUUUGGGGUUUUAACCAUCAGAGUUUGGAUCAAAAUGCACUGACGAUCUGGCUUGAUAGAACCUCAGGAAGUGGGUUCAAGUCAAACCGACCAUUUCGUUCGGGUUAUUUUGGAGCUUCUAUCAAAGUUCAUCCGGGUUAUACUGCAGGGGUCAUUACAGCAUUCUACUUAUCAAAUAGUGAAGUUCAUCCAGGAUUUCAUGAUGAGGUGGACAUUGAGUUCCUUGGAACAACAUUUGGUAAACCUUAUACUUUACAAACAAACGUGUAUGUCAGAGGGAGUGGAGAUGGCAAAAUCAUCGGAAGGGAAAUGAAAUUUCAUCUUUGGUUCGAUCCAACUCAAAACUUCCAUCACUACGCCAUUUUUUGGAGUCCCAAAGAGAUCAUAUUCCUAGUGGAUGAUGUGCCCAUAAGAAGAUACCCAAGGAAGAGCGCGGAAACAUUUCCUCUGAGGCCAAUGUGGGUAUAUGGUUCGAUAUGGGAUGCCUCUUCAUGGGCAACUGAAGACGGCAAAUACAAGGCUGAUUACAAUUACCAACCCUUUGUUGCAAAGUUCACCGGUUUCAAAGCCGGCGGUUGCUCGGCUUACUCUUCACCUCGGUGUAGGCCGAUAUCGGUAUCCUCGUUUCGGUCCGGCGGGCUAACCGGACAACAAUAUAGAGCAAUGAGAUGGGUUCAAAGAUACCAUAUGGUUUAUGACUACUGCAAGGACCCCAAGAGGAACCAUGGCUUGACACCAGAGUGUUGGAACUAGCUUCUAUGAUGAACUUAAAUAACAGCCUGGGGAAAAUAUAUAAAAGAAGAAG